AUGACUUCCAAGUCUACGCCUGCCAUGAAUCCCACAGUGGAGGACGAAGUUGACAAUGCCGACGCCAAUAUAAAAUCCAAUAAGGGCAGCUCAACAACAAAUAACACACCAGUCCCUUGGUCGGAGAUCUUCUCCCGUCAUGAAGCUGUCCUCUGUUCCCACCUUGAAAUGCUGAGCAUGGUGAAGGAGCAGGUUGCUUCAGAAGUCAAUGGCUUCCAGGCCGUUUCGUCAAUGGUGAACAAAACAGUCCAGGCGAUGAACCAGCUGAAGGUGGCUAGAAAGCAUAUGAUGAGCAGUAAGUUCCAGCAACUUCCUCCGAAACACAACCUGCCCCACCUUUUCCCCAAGCAACAAAACCCAGGAAUUGACAUGACAGCCUUAGGAAAUACCACACCCUCAACAUCCUCCAACCACACACAGUCUACCGACACAGAUACCAAUACUCGCAAGAAACGACGCAGAGUCUCUGAAGACAAGGAGACAGUCCGCCCUGAGCCCACAGACGAAAUGCGAGUUCCCAAACGAUACCGCGACUCUUCGUCUCAGCCAGCAACGGAGCAAGAGGGAGAAUAUACAUCCACGUCCCUUGGAACAGAGGAUAUCUCAGCAGAGGUCCAGCGACGGCUGAAAAUCAAAGAGGAGCAACGUCGCAGGAAAGAAAACCCCAAACCGGAUAAGCGCAAGCGCGACAGUCUCGCAUCGAAUGACGGUGAACCAGCUAUGGUACCCAGGCCUCGGAAGAAACGACUUAUGGUGUCCAAUGUGCAUAAGAGACACGGUGAUUUGAUGGACAAGGAUGGGUUUUCUGCUCAGAAAAAACUACGCAUAUCCCCCUGA